AUGCGUCCAAUAACGUCAAUUGGAAUAUUUUAUAGUGAGAAAACACUGAAAUGUGAAUUGUACUACAAUAAACCCUAUGGAAAAUUGAGCUUCGAUUAUAAAAAAUCAAGGAAAUCCAGAUCACAAGAUGAUUUUUUGAAAAGCUUCAUUGAAGACGUGGAAGAAAUAAUCAAUAAUCAAGCAUGUCCCGUCUAUUCUCUCAAAAUCAAAUACAGUGGACUUGAAGAAAACUACAAAAAGAAUAAGUUGGAUCCAGUCAUAAACCAGAUAUUCAAUUGUCUGAAGGAGUCAAUCAAAUCGAGAAAUGAUAUUCUUCAAGUCAAACGAAUAUCAAUUGAUGCUGUUGAUAAGAGUCAAGCAAUGUCAGUCGUGAAGUUAUUGGAUCCAUCGGUUUUGAAGAAAGUCGAAUUUUGUUUUGAAAAUAGAGAUGACGAUAUCACUAUAGAUGAUGCUCUGGCUUUGGUGGAAUGGAAUGAAGGACAACGGAUGAAACUGGCUUUCAAGUUGCACACUAUCUCAUCAGAACACUUGGAAUCUGUGAAAAAGUGUCUUCUACAUGUAUCAACUUUCACUGAGAUCUUCGUUUAUUAUCAAAACUGUGCCCAUGAUAAUGCGAGUUUGAGAGAAAUGAUUGAUGUUCCACUGCAACACGAGACUCCCGGUUCAACGGAGAAAUUCAUCAAAUUCAGACUAUCGAAUAGACUAUUACAAUCUGGUGGUUUAGCGAAGUUGACACUCAGCAAUGAUGUAUCUGCAAAGGUUCUAGAGAAUCCAUUGAUUAUGAAACGAGUCAUUCAAUCGUUUGGGUUUUGGGAUAUACAACGACUCCGUAAAACAUCUCGUGGAAUCAGAAACUGCGUGGAUUUUCUUAAACCCGUAACUAAUAUCAAAGAGUAUUCCGUUGAUUUCUCUAUUGAUAUUCAUCCAUGUGCACAUAUUAAAGAUGGAUCUUGCAAUUCAAGAAAAUGGAAAUACGGGAAACAUGAAACUUCUGACGACAGAGAUGUAUUAUGUCAAAAAGCGCAAGAUCAAGUUUUGAAUGACUUCGAGGUCAAUUUGGCUAAUCAAAAUACGUGCUUAGAAGAGUUGAAUUUCAUAUUCUCAUAUUUGGACAUUCUUCGAAAAAGGGAAAAAACGGAACCAAACAUUAAAGAAUUUGAUCGUCUGAAUCGACUUACCAAUCAAUUCUGUGGGAAACUAAAAGAAAUUUUAUCGAGAAGAAAUCAUAUUCUAAAAGUGAAAAAGUUGAAAUUAGAAUGUGUUACGGACGAUAAUGUGAUGCAAAUCCUUCCUUACCUUGACCCGAAUUGCUUGAAAGACAUUCAUCUGAUUGAUCCGGGAUCAAUAUAUAGAACUUGCAGGGUUAAAUAUCCUGAAUCCUCGUUGAAACCGUUUGUAUUAGACGAGAUAUGCCAGCUGGAACAGUGGAAGAAUGCAAAGGAACUGGAGGUUCAUUCACAGCCAAUAUCAACUUCAAUUCAAGAAAUGAAUAUCACUCAUUUUUCAAAUAUUAGAUGGAGAAUAGAUGUGGAUACGAUUAGUUCAGAAGAUGUGUUAUAUCUCAAAGAUCAUUUUCUACUAUCGACCACUUUCAAAAACAUCGUGAUUCGCUUCAAAAACCCGACGAUUGACUACGAAACUCUUCAUGGAUUAAUUGGGCCACCGUAUCGAAUCAUCGGCGAUGAUUCUCGUGUCUGGUAUUUCCAAAUGGAAGUGGAACCGUAUCAGCAAUUUUUGAAAGUUUCAUUGCAUGGAAUGUUCCUUGAGUUUUGUCUUGUUUACUACAUAAGAUAA